AUGGUCUGUCGUCCAGUGUUCCCUUGUCGUCGGCGACUUUGUCCCCGGCCCUUCUUGGUGGGCUUGGUGGUGGCAAUCUGUCUCUUCUACCAGACCCUGACACUCCGAGGGUCGAGGAAGCUCACAGCCGCUGUCCCUGGGGCUGACCCGAACACACCCCCCGAAACCCAGGCAAGCAGAUGCGAGAAGGGAUUCUCCCCCGACAAACCGUGCUUCCUUCCCUCCGGUAAUGCACAGGAAAUCGGAAAGAUGGAGAAAUCAGUAGAGACACACUUUGGCAGCCAUGACAGAAGGGCCAUACUCUACAGGCCUCCUUCCUUCAGCAAAACAGAGCUUCAGCUCCACCAGCACCUUCUCACUCAGCAUCGCUAUACGGUUGUCAUCGCUGAAGAAAGGAUCGGUGCUGGCCUUGGGCUGGGGCUGCUAGAAAAAGGUGAUUUGGGCUCUUGGGAUCUGCUCAUUUGCCUGUCUUCUAGGGAAGCUGGUGGAAAACCUUGCAUAUCCAAGGAAGACAUGUGCCAUUUAGGUUUACAUCAAAAGGUAAACAUAUUACCAGAUAUACAGCAUCAGCUUUGCAGAAAAGAAGGAUUAUGUCAAAUAAUUAGAAGAUUUCCAGAAUUGCGACUUCUGGUGAGCCCCUCUGUGUGUCUGGAUCAGAGCACACAGUUAAAGCUGAGCACUUCGAGUCACCUUUUAAAAACAGUGAAGCCACAUAUGUGGAAACCAUGGGACUGGCGACGUGAACAGCUGAAUCAAACAACAGUCCUUGCUCGACAAACAAUCUUCAGAGCUGAAGAACUAUCUGUGAUUCUUAAAGCGUAUGUGUUGGUGACAUCCUUAACACCUUUGCGUGCAUUCAUUCAUUCAACUGGCACAAUUUGGAAUCCACCAAAGAAAAAACGCUUCACUGUCAAGCUGCAAACAUUUUUUGAGACAUUCCUGACAGCCAGUUCACCUCUUCAGGCUUUUGAUAAUAUGAAAGAAGCAAUUAGCAAACUCUUGCUAGCAGCUGAAUUAUUCAGAGAACCAUCUACUCUGGGACCAAAGGCCUUCAAUAGAUGCAGAUUAUGUUUUCAACUUUUCACUUUUGAUAUUGGUUACUACAGUUUUGGGUACCCCGUAGUGCUCCAGGUGCAUGAUCAUUUAAAUUUUCAAGAUGAUGAUAAUAUGGAUUUUGAGGACCAAAACACAGAAGAAUUCCUUUUACAAGAUACUUUCAAUUUUCUCUUCUCUAAUGAAUCUUCACUUCCAAUGUUUUCUGAGAUAUUUCAGGGACUUUAUAGAUCAGGUGUUUUUAAGGGUGAAAACCAUCAGAAGGAACAAAACCAAUGCCUGUCUUUAGAGGAGAUGAACUCAAUUAUGACUUUCACAAAGGAACUUGGGAACUUGGGGCAAUUCCAACUGCUCUUCCCAUCUACUACUCCUGGGAUUCGAUCUUUGAUGCGUGAAUUUUAUGAUAGGGCAAAUCCUGUGGGACGACCUGGUUCAAUCCUGACUCAAUGCUGGUCUCUUAUAAAUGUAUUGGAACAGUUUCAGCUCCUGAAUAAAAAGGCUCAGCUACAUCCCCUGGAAUGGCAUUCUUUCACAGAGGAUGAGAACAUUGAAAAACCACAAGUGCCAUUUGAUGCAAUGAGAAAUAAAAAAGCUGCUGUUCCACGAAUCAGGAAUGAAACCAAAGAAGUUCAUUGCAGUAAUGAUGACACACAAUGUUAUAUCAAGCAGAUCCUCACACAUCCACAUUUGGAGCUAAAUCCUGAAUUUAACCCAAAGAUCAAAGAUUAUUACUCUGAAGUCCCAUUUGAUGUGGUCACAGUGACAAUUGGAGCGGAGACUUCUAAGUGUCAGUGCAAGGUGUACCUGCAUGAUCGGGCAGGACCAAGCUUUGCCAACUACCCUCUGGGUUUGGGAAUGAACAAAAUCUCAAUGCUGGUGGUGGAUGAAUCUCCAGCACAGGGGGAAACCCUGAGCACGUAUAAACUCACCAUCUACAGAGAAGACCGUCCAAGUCUGCCCUUGUUUGAAGACUUCACAGCAUGCGGUUUUGUGCAGGAUUGUGGUUUGCUGAUUCACCCAGAGGAAACCUGUGGGUUACAGCCUAUUUCCUCUGACUACAUUGAAGCCAUUUCACAGCCCGAACUAAAGAUCUGUCCAUCUGGGGACACAACAGGCCAAUGGAUCGUGCCUUGCCUUAGCUGUUCAGACAACAGGACCUGUGACUGGAGGGAAAUAACUUGGCAGCCCCAUGACUGCCAAUAUGGUGUUCUUACUAAGCCCCAACUCCAGCAGUGCCUGGGAGGAAGGAAGAUUCUUUUCAUCGGAGAUUCAACCAACAGAGGAAUAAUGUACUAUCUGAUUGAAAGACUAAAUGAAACCCUGCAGGAAUGGCAGAAGGUGCACGGCACGAAAUUCUAUCACAACAUCAACGGUGGGAAGACUCUGAUCAGUUAUUCCUACUAUCCUCAGUUCUGGAUAAGCCCUUCCCUGAGACCAACGUUUGAGAAAGCACUCGAACAUCUCUUGCAAAGAUCCCGUCCCCUGGAGAACACAGGCCAGACGGUAUUGGUCGUUGGUGGUGUUCAGUGGCUCAGUUCCAAUCACCUACAAAUUAUUCACAAGGUUUUGAAGAGGGAAAAUUUACUCAAUAUCCUUGUGAUCAUCAAAACUUUGGGAAUUGGAUUUCAUCUCCCAGUGGAUGGAUUGCAUUUCUUGACACAGAGUGAAGUUCAGAACUUAUGGAAAGAAAAUGUGAUUAUUCUGGAUGCUGCAAAAACAUAUGGCUAUGAAGUGGUUGACACAUUUACUAUAACAAUGGGGCGAUACAAGGAGUUUUUGCAGGGGACAUGUGGAUGCCAUUUUCAUGAGGUAGUGAAAUCAAAGCUAUCCAAAGAAUAUCCCUUUAUUAAAAUGAAACAAUCAGGAAAUCAUAUUGUGGGGAAAUAUUUCAGCAAUCAAAGCAAACUACAACAACGACGACAAGACUCUGUAACAAAGUUUCAAUCACCGUAUCAUGUCAGAGGUCCAAUUAAUCAGGUUUGCUCUGAAAUCCUUCUCAGCAGGAUGUGUACGAGUAAAAGAACUGUGUAGACUCCCUGCAGGAGGACUGGACUUGGAAUUGGAGGCAAGCCACUCACUCACCUGGACAGCAGUCUAAGAACCAAAUCCUGUACAUCACGUGUAUUUGGAUUGACCGCACACUCAUGCAGCCUGGCACACACACACAUACACACCAAUGCACACGUGGCUAAAAAAAAGUAAUAAUAACACUUUUUUCCUACAGCUUCAUAAGUCCAAGGUGUGCACUUGAAAAUCAUUUGUUUUCAAGGGGAAAGCUAGAGCUAGAAAAACGUUACUUGAAGAACAAUGGUAAAUUAGAACCACCGUGGGCUAGGUAUUGCAUUGUGAUAAUAAGGAGAAAUAUAGACACUUGAAUUAUGUGGACAAAAAGGGUAAAGCUCUUGAGUAUUGCAUUAUCUUUUCUCGCGGUAAAUUAAUACUGAA